AUGUCUAGUAGCAUCGUCAGCUCCUUUGUCGGCGCCAUUCAGGCGUCGGCAUCUGUUCUGUUGACCAUCUUCUAUGGUGUUAUCGCGGGACAGACUGAGCUGCUCUCUGUUGAGAGCGGUGCUCAGAUCUCAAAGGUCUGCAUCAAGAUGUUUCUUCCUGCUCUGCUUAUCGUCAAUCUGGGUACCCAGAUUGAAGCCUCCAAUGCGUCGCUGUACUUGACCAUUCUCAUCUGGGCUCUUGUCUACAACCUCGCCUCCAUGGCUAUCGGAUACGCACUCACCAAGUGCUUCAAGAUGCCCAAGUGGUUCACUCCCGCCAUCACCUUCAACAACACCACCUCGUUCCCUCUUCUCUUAAUCCAGUCACUCGGUUCAGCUGGCGUUCUUACCACCCUCGCCAAGUCCGAUGAUGACAGCAGCGACGGUAUCAUCGACCGAUCCAAGUCCUUCUUCCUCGUCUGCUCCGUCGUCUCCAACAUGCUCACAUUCGGUCUCGGUGGAAAGCUGCUUGGAGUCAGCGACGAGGAUCCCGUCGAGUCAAUGGAUGAAGAUCUCCGCGAUCGAGCUGGACACAACGACGACCAGCCAACUGACAGCCAAGAGUCUCAUGAGCGCACAUCUCUCCUCCCCGGCCGUCUUCCCCGAUACGCGAAGAAAUACUCCCGCCGCACUGCACAAGCCCAGCACGCCGUUUGGGACAAGCUCCACCCUCGAGUUCAACACGCAUUGGCGCUCGUCACUCAGUUCAUUAGUCCUCCCACUGUUGGCGCGCUCAUUGGUGUCAUUCUCGGCUUCGUCCCACCUUUCAAGAAGGCUUUCUUCAAUGACAGCGAAGACGGAGGUUUCCUCAACGCCUGGUUGACUGUCAGUCUCAAGAACAUCGGAGAGCUCUUCGUCACUCUGCAGGUCAUUGUUGUCGGUAUCAAGCUUGCACACAGUCUGCGACGUAUGCGCCGCGGACACGACUCUGGUAACCUCCACUGGCUCCCUCUCUCCAUGGUCGUUCUCAUCCGAUUCAUCAUCUGGCCGCUGCUAAGCAUUGCCUUCAUCCGAAUGCUGAUCACUCAGACCGACGUCCUCGGCGACGACCCUGUUCUAUGGUUCACCAUGAUGCUGAUGCCCGCCGGACCUCCUGCCAUGAAGCUCGUGGCCAUGGCCGAAGUAGAUGAUGCCGACGAGAACGACAAGAUGUCUAUCGCUCGAGUCCUCAUGACUUGCUACGCUAUCUCUCCUCUCCUGUCGUUUGCUGUCGUCGCCAGUUUGAAGGCCUGUCAAUAA